AGCUCGGAGUCGCCCAGCCCGGUUUCUCUGUCCGCGUACUUUGUGCGAGAAUUAUUCUUGACAGAAGUAUUUUUAAAGAAAAAAUAUUUACAAUGGCCUCAGCAGUUCUUAGUUCUGUUCCUACUACUGCUUCUCGUUUUGCCCUUUUGCAAGUGGAUAGUGGCAGUGGCUCUGAUUCUGAGCCUGGAAAAGGCAAAGGUCGGAAUACUGGAAAGUCUCAAACAAGCAAAUCAACUACAAAUGAGAAAAAGAGAGAGAAAAGAAGAAAAAAAAAGGAACAGCAACAGAGUGAAGCAAAUGAGCUCAGGAAUCUUGCUUUUAAGAAAAUUCCCCAGAAAUCCUCCCAUGCUACUUGUAAUGCCCAACAUGAGCUUUCUUUACCAAAUCCAGUACAGAAGAAUUCACGAGAAGAAAAUUGGCAAGAGUGGAGACAAAGAGAUGAGCAGCUGACAUCUGAAAUGUUUGAAGCAGAUCUUGAGAAGGCAUUGUUGCUAAGUAAAUUAGAAUAUGAAGAACACAAAAAGGAAUAUGAAAAUAAUGAAAAUGCUUCAACUCAGUCAAAGGUUAUGAAUAAAAAAGAUAAACGAAAGAAUCAUCAGGGAAAAGACAAACCUCUCACAGUAUCACUAAAAGAUUUUCAAUCUGAAGAUCACAUUAGUAAAAAGACAGAGGAAUUGAGUUCUUCUCAGACUUUAUCACAUGAUGGAGGAUUCUUCAAUAGACUGGAAGAUGAUGUUCAUAAAAUUCUUACUAGAGAAAAAAGAAGAGAACAGCUUACAGAAUAUAAUGGAACAGAUAAUUGUGCAGCUCAUGAACACAACCAGGAAGUAGUUCUGAAAGAUGGAAGAAUUGAAAGACUAAAGUUGGAACUUGAAAGGAAAGAUGCUGAAAUCCAGAAGCUGAAAAAUGUGAUCACUCAAUGGGAGGCAAAGUAUAAAGAAGUAAAGGCAAGAAAUGCACAGUUAUUGAAAAUGCUUCAGGAAGGUGAAAUGAAAGAUAAAGCAGAAAUACUUCUGCAAGUUGAUGAAUCACAGAGUAUCAAGAAUGAACUGACUAUACAGGUGACUUCACUUCAUGCUGCGUUAGAACAAGAAAGAUCUAAAGUGAAAGUAUUACAAGCAGAAUUAGCCAAAUAUCAGGGUGGCAGAAAAGGGAAAAGAAACUCUGAAUUCGACCAGUGUAGGUGAUUCCAUUAGCCUUUGAGGUCAACACAAAAAUUAAAACGUUCAGGGUUUUGCAAAAAUGUAUAUAUUUAUGCUGUACAACUGCUAAGCUAUGCAGUUUUUGUUGAAGAAAUACUUAAAACAAUUAGCUUACUAUCAGUCUAUAAUUUUUUGUCCUUUUGGCUUAAAGUGAAAAGAAGAAAAACAAUUCCAGGAGAAUGCAAUGAUUAUUGUUUACUAUCCAUACUUCUUAUCACUUUAGUUUUUCAUCAGUCAAUAAAAUUAAUUUACUCUUUCA